CUAGGAAGAUCACGCAGCAGAUCUGCCAGCAACAGAGGGACGAGCAGGUGAUCCGACACAGCCUGCACGGCUUCACCAAGGGCAGAUCGUGCCUGACUAACCGGCUGGCCUCCUGCGAUGGAGUGACCGUAUCGGUGCACAAACGGAAGGCAACCGUUGCCAUCUAUAAGGACUUCUGCAAGGCUUGCACCACAUCCAUAUCACUAAAUCGGAGAGGCGUGGGUUCAAAGGCUGGACUACUCGCUGGAUGAGGAAUUGGUUGCAUGGUCGCGGCCUCAGGGCUGCCGUCAAUGGCUCUACGCCCAGGUGGAGGCCGGACACAAGUGGUGCCCCCCCAGGCUCCGCCUUGCGGCCACUGCUCCGCAACAUCCUUAUCAACAACACAGGUGAAGGCAUCGACUGCACCCUCAGCAAGUUUGCGCACUUCACGCAUCAAGCUGAGGAGAUUUUGGUGAGAGGCCAGAGCACGGCCACAAGGACAACCAGAGGGCUGGAGCACUUCUCCUACAAAGACAAGCUGAGGGAGCUGUGCCUGCGCGGUCAGGAAAACACAAAGCACCAGGGAGACCACGUUAUAGCCUGCCACUACUUAAAGGGACCUUAUAAACAGGAAGGAAAUCAACGUUCCACACGGGUAGAUAGCGACAGAACACGGCUUUAAAAUAAAAGAGAUUAAGAUCAGACGCCACGGGGAGAUGCAGGUGAGCCACUGGCACAAAAUGCCCAGAGAGAUUCUGGAUCCACCAUUCCCAGGGGUGCUCAAGGCCAGGCUGGAUGCAGCACUGGGAAGCCUGCUCUACAGCUUCAGUUUUGCGGUUGGCAACCGCGCCCGAGGCAGCGAGUGGGAACGAGAUGACCGCCGAGGCCCCUUCCAACCCAAGCCAUUCUAUGACUCAAAGGGGGCCAACGCGACAUCUGGAGUGGGAAACAUAAACACGGACUGAAAUGGCAGGACAAGGGGCGACGGCUUUCAGCUAAAAGAGAGGAGCUUCACAUUAGCCGUUAGCAACAGACUUUGUCCGUUGAGGGGAGGUGGGCCGCAGGAAAACCUCACCCAGAGAACCCGAGGAUGCCCCAGCACGGGAAGCCUCCAACGGCAGGCUGGAUGGGGCUACGGGCAACCCGCUCGAGUGGAAGGCACCCCUGCCGACGGAAAGACGGUUGGAAGCAGAUGGCAUCUGAGGUCCCUUCCAACGCAAACCACCCUCUCAUUCCCUCAACUCCUCCAGUCUCCUCAUCCUCAAAAGGUGCUUAAAAACCACAUCAGGGGCGUCAUCCCCAUAACGUUUGAGGACUCCUCCUGGACGGCAACAAACCUUUGGCCUUCGCAACGCAAGAUCCUUGGCUUACAGCUAUCCGCCUCCUGGUACAUUUCCUCCUUCUCACCACAUGCCACAGGAAGCAAGGAAAAGAAAAGACGGUGGAGGAAGGAGACGCGUCGUCUGAGGAGCACCACAGCCACAGACCCCGCUCGGAAGGAUAUCUUCCCUUUCUCUUUCUUCCUCAAGCACAAGCCUUUCCAACGUAUUCUCAACAGCUUCCAACACAGGCGGCGCUGCCUACUCCCACCACAACCACAGCCAACCCAGAGCUCCUCACGCCACCGGAAACUACCCAAGGUUCUCCCAGCACGCAUCACUUUUCCAUGCUUUGUAAAAAACAAACAGAAACAAUGCACAGAAAGCAAACCACGGGCAACACACAUCUCACUCAAGUCGAAAGACCAAGACCCAUUACAGCACUAGGGCAUUACGUAAGAAAAGUAGAGUUGAACAGGAAGAGGGAUUUCACCAAAGGACACACCAGAGCUCUCGCCGCACGCCUCAGGGAAAGGAUGAAAAAAAAAAUAGCUGCACAACAGCUGACCCAGAAGAUUCCGCCCCACCACUUUCACAUCCCCCUCCCGGCCCUCGCAGCCAGCCACCCCAGAACACACCGCCGGACCAGGAUCUCCACCAACCGCCCCACACACAGACAAGGCACUUGCUCCCAGACCACAAAAACCAAUAGCCAAAAGUGAAAGCCACAGACAAAAUCUCUCGGCAACAGGAAAGCGAGGAAGGGAAAGAUGCCACACCACAUAAAGCCGGCACCGUGGCUGCACACAGACCACUGCCACCACCCGCACCACCACCGAGCCCCACCAGGCUCCUGCCCAGCACAACGCGAGUCCCACCAUGGCUGUGCCUGCAAGCCCACAGCACCCACGGGGGUACGGCAUCCUGCUGCUCACGCUCCUUCUGAAAGCUCUCGCCACCACCGCCUCCGCCUGCAACCACCUUCGCCCCCAGGAUGCCACCUUCUCUCACGACAGCCUCCAGCUCCUCCGGGACAUGGCUCCCACACUACCCCAGCUGUGCCCACAGCACAACGCGUCUUGCUCCUUCAACGACACCAUCCUGGACACCAGCAACACCCGGCAAGCCGACAAAACCACCCACGACAUCCUUCAGCACCUCUUCACAAUCCUCAGCAGCCCCAGCACUCCAGCCCACUGGAACGACAGCCAACGCCAAAGCCUCCUCAACCGGAUCCACCGCUACACCCAGCACCUCGAGCAAUGCUUGGACAGCAGCGACACGCGCUCCCAGAAGCGAUGGCCUCGCAACCUUCACCUCGCCAUCAAAAAACACUUCAGCUGCCUCCACACCUUCCUCCAAGACAACGAUUACAGCGCCUGCGCCUGGGAACACGUCCGCCUGCAAGCUCGUGCCUGGUUCCUGCACAUCCACAACCUCACAGGCAACACGCGCACUUAGCCCCAAACGCACCUCCCACCCUUGUCCUAUUUAUCUAUUUAUUCAACUAUUUAUACAAACGCCUAUUUAUUCUUCUAUUUAUUCUUCUAUUUAUUCAGACAAAAUAAAGCUCUCCUUUUCAACACUGCCUGCGAGUGCCUCCUUUCGCUCAAUCACAGAAGCCCCUUUCGGGGGCAACCAAACCUGGGAUUCUCACACACAGCUCCGAAAACUCUGCUACCCACUUACGUCUUGCGUAGUCCUGGCAGGGGGAGGGAGGUCCACGAGUUCGGCACAAAAAGCAGCCAAAGCAGGGACACCUGCAGCGGGCGGCAGGACCGUCCGGUUUUGGCUAACAAGGUUGAACAAAUCAGCUGAUAAUCAGUUUCAGCACAGAAGCUUGACGGCCACAGCGGUACCGCAGUGACGGGUUUUGCUUCGUUAAUGUGAAAUUAGCCCUACAGGUAACUCACGUCUCGAGUGCCAUGAUCAAGAACACAAAGGCGGCGUACCACUGCAGUAGAUGACUCUUCACGCAAAUCCUGUCAAACAUCGCCCCACAGGGAGAAACCCACAAGCUUCAGCUUCUAAGGGGAAGCAGAGCUAUCUUGGGGAAGCAGAGAAGAGAAAGGCAGAGAGAAGGAAGGAGACAAGAGAGCUAAGAGACGGGAAGCUACACUCAUCUUACUCCACCAAGACAGGGCACCUUCUUGGCAACCACUCUGCCUCACCCUCUCUCUGGGUGGAGAACACUGGGACAGCAUGGAUUUGGAUACCCCCAUGUCUUCGUUCCAGCUGGGACAGAAUUGUUCUCUUCAGAGCGCCUGCUACGAUGCGGCGUUUUGGUUCUAGGAGAAAAACAAUGCUGGUAACACACCGACGCUUAUUCUUGCCGCCAAGCGGUGCCGCACCGAGCCAAGGCCGUUCUCAGCAAAAGCCCCAAGGAGCUGGGAGGGAGCGGAGUUAGGACUGCUGACUUAAACUGGCCCAAAGGGCUAUCCCCCACCAUACGACAUCAAGCAGGAGGAGUUUUGAGGAGGGUGGGAGUUCAACUCGCUCGCUUGCUCUUCCGCUCCUCACGUGGCUGCAAUGCCGCUCUCCGUCCUAUCAGAAAAGUCACGGCUGUCAGGAAAAGUCCCCGGUGACUGCAAAAACGGAAACAUCGCUCCCCCUUCUAGGAAAAGGAGGAAGGAAGACGCGGGGAACUACAGCCAGGUGAGCCUCACCCCUCUGCCUAGGAAGAUCACGCAGCAGAUCUGCCAGCAACAGAGGGACGAGCAGGUGAUCCGACACAGCCUGCACGGCUUCACCAAGGGCAGAUCGUGCCUGACUAACCGGCUGGCCUCCUGCGAUGGAGUGACCGUAUCGGUGCACAAACGGAAGGCAACCGUUGCCAUCUAUAAGGACUUCUGCAAGGCUUGCACCACAUCCAUAUCACUAAAUCGGAGAGGCGUGGGUUCAAAGGCUGGACUACUCGCUGGAUGAGGAAUUGGUUGCAUGGUCGCGGCCUCAGGGCUGCCGUCAAUGGCUCUACGCCCAGGUGGAGGCCGGACACAAGUGGUGCCCCCCCAGGCUCCGCCUUGCGGCCACUGCUCCGCAACAUCCUUAUCAACAACACAGGUGAAGGCAUCGACUGCACCCUCAGCAAGUUUGCGCACUUCACGCAUCAAGCUGAGGAGAUUUUGGUGAGAGGCCAGAGCACGGCCACAAGGACAACCAGAGGGCUGGAGCACUUCUCCUACAAAGACAAGCUGAGGGAGCUGUGCCUGCGCGGUCAGGAAAACACAAAGCACCAGGGAGACCACGUUAUAGCCUGCCACUACUUAAAGGGACCUUAUAAACAGGAAGGAAA